GUCACGUGACGGCGAUGGCGCAGCGGUUCUGGGUGCUGCGGUGCUGCCGCUGCCGCCGCUUCCAGGGGCAGCAGGCCAAGCGCAGCCGGCGGUGGAGCUGCAGCGUGUGCGGCCAGCAGCAGGCCGUGCAGAAGGUUUAUGGGCAGGGCUCGGGCCUGGAGUGCAGGCGCCACGUCCAGAAGCUGAACUUGCUGCAGGGCGAAGCCGAGGAGGCGCUCGGUUUGACAUCCUGGUGUGUAGAAGACUCUGUAAAUGACAGCAAAAAUAGAGCAGCACAACAUGAGGACAGUUCAGUCCAGCAGGAGGGAAGGCCAGAAGGCAGUCGCUGGAGUAAAUACCUGGACCAGGAGAGUGAGGAUCAGGAAGAGGAUGAGGAGGAGGCAGCUCUGGAAAGGCAACAGUUCUGUUCCCAGAGAAAGAACACCGUGGGAGAACAAAGGAAACACCUGAAGUGCUUCCUCUCCAGUGAUGUUCCAGAGCAUACAGAAGAAAGUGGAGUUUCUCAGCUUGUCUGUCAAGCCAAAAAAUUUAAAACCACUGAGCACAAGUGCUUUGUAGCAGUACCUGAUGGACAUGAUGGAGAUGCUGAUUCUGGAGGCAGUGUGGUUCCUGCUGUCUCUGAGUCUAUAGUGCCUGAGGGGAAUACACAGCCCCCAACUGCUUGUACCAAACCAUCCAAGUGGGAAAAAUUUCUUUCACUAUCUGACAGCUCUAGUGCAAAUGCUGCUGCAGUGACCACGGCACUACAGCAGGGCAAUGGAGGUGUGGGGCUGGACAGCACCACUGCUGGUGGGGCCUGGAGGCACUCAGGAUGGACUGGAAGAACUCUGCCUCAGGGUACAGGUUUUGAAUUUAAAAAGUGUGUUGCUAGCACUGAGGAUCUGGCCUGGAGACAGCCCAGCAGCAGUUGCUCAGUUGAGGAUGUGCUCAGAAAACCUCACAGCCAGGUCCCAGGUGUGGGAGCUGCUGCAGAGACCAUUGCAGGGAGGUCAAACACCUUUGUUGACUCUAACCCUGGGCCAAAGCUGAGUAACACCUCAUGUGAGCAACUCUUCUGCACAGGUGAGGAGUUUGAUGAUGAUCUCUGGUAAGUUCAGGCAUCUUUGGCGUAGCUUUGUCUGUAAUGCAUUUGCUAUGUUGGUAACUGAGGCAGUUUUGAACUAAAGUUGAUUUCAAAACCAUAGAAAAGUGCACUAUUAAAGUUGUUUACUUGCA